UUUUUUCAGUCUGUGUUGCUCGGUCUCACUUGGCUGAAAAAGAAAUCAAAAUGAGUGCUUCAGUGACAACCUUCGCUUGUACGCACAAUCUUCUCUCAAAUUCGAACCCUAGGAUUGCUCUUCAAUGCCUAAACAAGUCUAUUCCAUUUCAAACACUCGGUCUGCACAGGCCUUCUUAUCGUCUCUCUACCAGGAAAACCAGAGCUUCAAUACCAUUAUCCAUCGCUACAACGGGUGCUAAAGAGUUUCUUCCCCCUGUUCUUGAUUCUACAUCUGACCCACCUUCUCUCUUUGAUGGGACCACCAGGUUAUACACCUCUUACGUAUGUCCAUAUGCGCAGCGGGUUUGGAUAAUUCGGAACUGCAAGGGUCUGCAGGACAAGAUCAAGUUAGUUCCUCUUGAUCUUGGGAAUAGACCUGCUUGGUACAAGGAAAAAGUCUACCCAGAAAAUAAGGUGCCUGCAUUGGAGCACAAUAAUGAAGUCAGAGGAGAGAGUCUUGACUUGAUGAAAUAUAUUGAUAGCCACUUUGAAGGACCUGCACUUUAUCCCAAUGAGCCUACCAAGAGAGAGUUUGCAGAGGAAUUGUUAUCCUACACCAACACCUUCAAUAGAGCUGUGAUCACUUCCCUUAAAGGAGAUUCACUUAAUGAAAUCAGUGCUGCUUGUGAUUACAUUGAAACAGCUCUCUUAAAAUUCAACGAUGGACCUUUCUUCCUUGGCCAUUUCAGUUUAGUCGACAUAGCAUAUGCUCCAUUCAUUGAAAGAUUUCAUCCCUUACUGCUAGAUGUAAAAAUAUAUGACAUCACAACAGGAAGGCCUAAGCUGCUAUCAUGGAUUGAGGAAAUGGACAAAAUCGAGGCUUACAAAAAUACCAAACUGGAUGUCCAAGAGCUUGUUGCCAUGAUGAAGAAGAUCUUCUUGGGAAACUGAAGAUCUAGCUCGUGGUCGUCUCGGAUAUGCAGCCUGAAGUUUAUAUCUCAUGGUGCUCUGUGAUGUGCUAAAUAUCCAGUUUUUUAAAUAAAUUUCACUAUCAUAGUGCUGUUGUUUAGUAGCAGUUGAUUGCUUGUAGUUGUUAGUACUAUUCUUGGACCACGAUAGUAGGUAUGUAGCUAAAUAUAUAAGCAAUACGUACAUCUUUGGUGUUGUAUUAAGAUUGUUGGUUUUUGGCCCUGCUAAACAGAUUAUUCCUCUGGAGAAUCAUCUGAUUAGCAGAAUGUACCACAAAAGUAAAGUAAUGGCAUCUGAAAUUUGAGUUGAUAACAA